GGCAGACAUUUCAAUCAGCCAGGGCACAGACAAAACCAUCGUGCUAAUAGGAAGGAAUGUGCAGCGUGAAGGCUGAAUGUAGCUGAGCUGUUCACCUGGAGAAGCAGCUGGGAAGGUUGGAGCGCAAAGAUCUGUGGAAACACGAGCUAAGGUGCAAAGAUCGGCUCUAAGGAACCUAACAGGCAAUGGAUCCCGCACCCGUCCGGCUGGAUGUUUCAGAGGCCCCCGAAGACGAUGAGCUUCUGGCUAGGAAACAGUCGAGCAUGCUUGAGCGGCUUGCCGCCAAGGCUGCACAGCGAACAGAGGAAGCUCUUAAGAAGCGGACCGACGUUGCGGAGGGGGCGGCUCCAGGGGAAUCCGUGCAGCAAUUCCUGGACUCCUUUGGGCAUCAAAUGGAGGACGUUGAGAAGCGGCUGGAAUCGUUGAGCGGUCAGGGGGAGGGGGAGGUCUCCACGUCAGAGUUGGACCAACUAGCGGCGGAGAUACAGAGCUUAGAAAAGUCGGUGUCGGACGCCGUGUACUUCCUACCCUCGUACGAAGUGAGGGCCUCGCAGGGGGCGCUGAUUCAGAUGCGGGGCCGAUUGGAGGCGCUCCGCGCCAAGAUUGUCCCAAAACGAAAGUUCUCGUUUGGCGCCAAGAAGAAGGAGAAGGAGUCGACUGCGAAGGGUAAACCCCUGACAGACGAAGAUGGGGGUGCAAAGCGGACUUUUGGGAUGGGGAACGGAAAGGGAGGAACGGAAGGGGUAGAACAAGGAACAAACGUUUCAAGAGGGCCUGGGAUAAGAAGCAAGAAAGGGGAGACCGUCGUUGAGCAAUUCCCCUGUAUCGAGAUCUGCCAGGAGGCUUGCUCGAGCCGUCCCUUUGCAAUAACCAUAAUGAAUGCAUCUCUGGUCGUCCCUUCUUUGCGUCAGUAG